GCAGAAGUUUCCUAAGUCGUUGAUGUUAUAGUACUAUGACAACGGUGAGAUUCUGUGAAGUAGUUGAACCGUGGAGCUGCUGAAAUUGUACUAAAGCUUAGAGUUUCCUCUAAGGUGGAAUGUCUCUCUUUAAAGCUCGGGAGUGGUGGUUCACUGUCCUGGGAGAAAGGGAGGAAUUUGACCAGGGGUGCCUGUGUAUCGGUGAUGUAGAUAACAGUGGCUCUGGACAUGAUAAGAUUGUUGUGGGGAGUUACAUGGGCCUGCUCAGGAUUUACACCCCCCAUCCUCUUAAGCCUGGGGAAACCAUUCAUGCUGAAGACCUGCUUCUUGAAGUGCAGCUCCAGGAUCCCAUCAUCCAGCUGGAUAUGGGCAAGUUUGUCUCGUGUUCAGAUCUACUGCAUCUGGCCGUCCUACAUCCCAAAAAGCUAUCCGUUUUUGCUGUCACUGCCACAGCAGGCAAUGUGGACCAUGGCAUCCAGUACCAGAUUAAGCUGAUGUAUGAGCAUAACCUCCAAAGGAUCGCCUGCAACAUGACCUAUGGGCCUUUUGGAGGCGUCACAGGUCACCACUUCAUCUGCAUUCAGUCCAUGGAUGGGAUGCUCAUGUUCUUUGAGCAUGAGAGUUAUGCUUUUGGCCGCUUCCUGCCCGGAUUCCUGCUGCCAGGCCCACUUUGCUAUUGUGCCCGUACUGACACUUUCAUCACAGUGUCCUCAGCUCGCCAGGUGGAGAGCUACAAGUACGAGGCAUUAGCUAUAGCCGCAGACACGGACAGUAAUCACAGCGUGGAGCAGCAGAGGAACCUCUCUGGGAAGAAGCUGAUGGCGGACUGGACUCUGGUCAUUGGGGAACAGGCCCUGGACAUUGUUGUCUCCUCUUUUAACCAGUGUACAUCUUCAGUUUUUGUGCUUGGGGAGCGAAACUUGUAUUGUCUGAAAGAUAAUGGACAAAUUCGCUUUAUGAAGAAAUUGGAAUAUAACCCGAGUUGCUUCUUGCCCUAUACCUCAGUGAGUGAAGGGACCAUCAACCUUCUUCUAGCAAACCACAACAGCGUGCUGCUUGUUUAUCAGGACUCAGCACUAAAAUGGGCUUCCCAGCUCUCCUGUGUGCCUGUUGCAGUCCGUGUGGGUAACUUCCAGGAUCUGAAGGGUGUAGUGGUGACGCUAAGUGAAGAGGGCCACUUGCAGUGCUCCUAUAUGGGUAGCGACCCGUCCUUUUUUAUUGCUCCGAAAGCAGAAGCACGGGAAAUGAACUAUGAUGAUGUGGAUAAUGAAAUGAAGACCUUGCAGAAGACAAUCAAGGAGGCUACCAAGAUGCAAGAUAUCCUUCCCAAGACAAGUCUGGAAGACGAGCUGAAAGUCACAGCCUCAGUCUCUGCCAGCAUGGAUGCCAUGUCUCGUGCCUUGCUUACAGAAAUUGCUGACAUCCCUGUACCCUCAGUUACUGUGAAGAUCCAGUUGAUGAGCCAUUUGUCAGUGCAGAGCCCCAAGCUGAGUGUGUGUGUGCAACCUCCUUUGGCGGUGACCCAGGAGCAGUUUGUACUGGAUUCCAUGGAUCCCGGCUCCACGUGCAUGGUUCUGUUCUCAGCCUAUCUCAAAGAACCCUACCCUCCAGCAGAUUUAGAAGGACAUGUGGUGGUGACCUACAGUACACCCACUGGAGUGGUUCGUGUGGUCCAGUGUAUAUUUACCCUUCCAUUUCGACUUGUUAGCUGGCCGUCAACUCCAUCCAAUCACGCCAAACACAAAAUCAUCAUUGACACCAACAAAUCUCCAGUCAAUCUUACAGAACUCUACCCAGAUUUCCUGAUGACAUCCGAGGAUAAGGAGUGCAAUGCUGUCGCGUUCCAACUCAUUGCUGGAUCUGUAGUCACUGUACAGGUUUCCAAGACAUCUCAGCGCUAUAGGAUCCAGAGUGACGUCUUUGAAGAUAUGUGGCUGGUGACCAAGGAACUCAUUCAGCGCAUUAACAACUAUUUCACUAAACAAGGAGUUAAAGAUUUCCAGAAGAGCUUUGCGGGACCUGUCCCUCUGACAGAGUACUUUCAAAUUGUGGACCAUCACUUUGAGCUGCGUGUAAAUGCAGGGAAGUAUCAUGACUUGUUGUCGGAGAGGGCAGUGCAGUUUCGCGCCAUCCAGCGGCGACUACUGACUCGCUUUAAAGACAAGACUCCAGCUCCACUGCAGAAUUUGGAUACCUUGAUGGAGGGAACCUACCGACAAGUCAUUGCCCUGGCAGAUGCAGCAGAAGAUAACCAGGCAUUGCUGUGCCAGGCCUUUGCCCGCCUGUGCAGUGCCACUCACCUGCUCAUCACACUGAUCUCACUGUGGCUGGGAUUGAAUGCCAGUCAGAUAGCCAUCCUGGAAGCUAGCCUGUUGCCCCUGCUGCCUGAAACCCCACAGCUGGGUUGGGAGGAGAGUGUGGAUGCAGCUGUAUCACAUCUGUUGCACACAUGCCUGUCACGCAGUCCCAAAGACCAGGCCUUGAGCCUGAGCACCAGUGAGCUGAGCAUGCCCAGGGACACAGGCCGACUGAAGAAGCACAUUGCUUUGCUGUGUGAUCGUCUAGGCAAAGGGGGCCGGCUUUCCUCAGAAGGCCACGCUCACUCACCUAUCAUCAUGCCAGGGGACUCUGAAGCUGUUUCUGAAGUAGAAUUUGAGCCUACAGAGAGGCAGGUGUCAGCCGCACAAUUAGUGAAGAAGAAGCAGUCUGCUAAGAAAAGCAUUUCAGACUUCAACCUCCUCUCCCCCCACAGACACAAAACUUGUUGUUGGGGAAUUUAAUCAUGUCACUUAGCCCUAAUACAAGUGGUGGCACAAGAAAAAACAGGUGUGGUUCUGGUGAACCUAAUUGCAUUAUGACACGUCACAAAAAAUUGCUUCAGGGCCAAUGGGUAAAUAGCCUGACCCUGCGCACAGACCCCAGGCUUCACCCUCAACUCUGCGUGUGUGUGCAUGUGCGUCUUAAAGGGAGAGCAGUUAACCAUGUUUAACUAUUCAGGUGUGACUUUCCAGAAAGCUAUCGAUCUUAGUGAAUAACGAACAAGAUAAUGAACAAUGUAAGUAAAGAACGAGUGAGGUCUAUGUGCUUUUCCAGAAACCCUUCAUUAUUCCAGAAUUAAUGAACAAACUUUACGUAGUACUUCCAGACAUAUGCAAAUGUAAAAAAAACUAAUUAGAAAAUCAAUGAAAAACAUCAAAGCAACCAUAAUUAAGAACACAAUAAAUCAACCUAUUUGUUGAAAAUAUAAAAAUAAGCUUCAAAUGUGAUGUUGUGUCUUUAUUAAAAAAGUGCAAUGGUGAGCAGCAAUAGGAAAAGGAAGUAACACUUCUCAAUAGAAGCCUUAAAACAACUUAUUAGGGAGGUGGUUAAAAUAUAUUUUAAUAAAAUAAUUACUGCAAUGUUACAUGCAACAAGAUCAAUACAGCAGCAUGCAGGGUAAAAUCUUAGAGUUUCUAUGUACUUGUGUAGGCACCAGAAUGACAUCUUCCAAUACUAAAAGCACCUUCUAUAGCAGUGUGCGUUCUUUGCUGUGCAGUGCUACACCUCUCCUCAGCCACAGUUUGGGUAUCCAACAUUGGAACCAGCAGGUACUAGCUAAGAGGAUGUCUGAUGUGUCCCAAUAACCAGCCAUCAGCAAAUGCACCAUCCUUUGCCAUUUGACGUACUCCUACGCUGGACCAGAUCAUGUGCACUCCCAGGCCAUGCGCAUCAUGUGCACUCCCAGGCCAUGCGCAUCAUGUGCACUCCUAGGCCAUGUGCAUCAUGUGCACUCCAAGGCCACUUGGCGGCAAUGUCUGUAAAAUGUCCUCGAUAGUUGCAUAUUACCUUGUAACAUGCUGUGUAAUUUAUAUUGAAAUAUUAAGCUGCAUUGUUAAAGCUGGAGUUACACUAUGCAUAUGAAUUUUUGUGAAAUCAAUUUCAUUUUAAUUCUACUUCAUUAUAUUCAAAGUUGAAUUGUGAUUCUGCACCAUGAUUUCAACUGAUUUAUGAACUGAAUUUCAUUUUCAAGGUAAUUAGCAAGUCAGUUCUGAAUGGGGCAUAACCCUGAUAUGUCCUGAAAUUGCGUCCAGGUGUUACAACAAUAAGCCAGUUUUACGCUAUUUUACAGUCUAUGUUCAAAUAUAGAAUGACGUAGAAAAUACAGAGUAGGUUGGCGCACUCAUAUAUCUAUGAAUGAGAUAACAAACUAAUUUCGUUACGAAGGGUUUCUGGAAAUGCAUGCUAAUUACAAUCAGUCUCAAGUAUAAGAUAACUAACCACUUAGCAUUACAAACCUUUCUGGAAAGCCACCCCAGAAUGUGAGUUCAGCCAUCACGCAAAAUAAAGUCCCUCACCCCUCCAUCCAGACCAUUAGUGUAUCUGUUAUAUUUCUUAUUGUUAUGUCUCGGAAAUGUUGGUCAUAGUGAAAAAGAGAAACAAACAGAAUAUAAAAAGUAUGAGUAAUAUAUAUGACACUUUAACACAUGGAUCCUUCUCUAAGUUUUUAGAAGUAUUGUAUGGGUGCCAUACUGGAACUGAUGAAACUUUGAGACAGAUUGCCCCAAAACUGAGGCAACACCACAUAAUGAUGGCAAAAAAGGGCAGUUUUGACAUGAUUCCAUUAGGAGGACUUUAAGACAACUAACACUACACGAAUAAGUACAGGUAACCACCUAAAUGGUGGGAAAAGAUUCAGCAAAUUGGCAUGGAAUUGGUAUGUGCAGUAAAUUAAUACAGUAGGUGUAGUUUCUGGGUUAUAUGCCACAUCUAUGACUCAGAGCAUUUAGGUAAAAACACAUUUAUUAACUGUGUUAAUAAGAUUAGAUUACAUUAGAUUAGAGUACAGAUUAGAUUAGCAUAGCAGGUGACAGACUGUCUGGGGAAUACAAUGCUGUCAUUAACGACAGUCCCUGUUAUAGUUUUCUAGGUCAUUCCCUGCAUCUUUGCUAAGUUCCAGUCUGAAAGUUUCUUGGCAUCGUUCGUUAAUGUCUUCACUGUCAAAAGUGAAGAGUAAAGCUAUCUACCAUUUAUUUGGUCAUACCGUUUACUUUUAGUCAUAGCCAUUGUCUUUUUUAGUUUGUUCUUUAACUCCCCAGAUCUUGCUAAUUUUCUGCAAUGUGUGGUGUUGGCAUAUCAAAUGUUGUUGAUGUUUCUUCCACCAUGUUGUGUUCACAGUGUCUUCUUCCAGUUCUACUUAGUAUGGAGUCUUGUCUAAUGCCGUUAACAAUCUGUAACCAGUCAAUUCUCCAUAUUCAGUCCUGAGUGUCUCUUCUUGUCCAGUGUAGAUAUUUUUCAAAAGGACAGUGAGAUGCUUGGCACACACAUUCUCUCCUGGUAUUCCAUAUUCUUUUCAGUUUGUGAAAGGUAUGUUGUGGAUUAUGAGUCAGCAAUGUUCUGUAAAAGUGAUACCACUCAUAAAAUAUUAAAAACUCCAUUUCCUGUGUCAUAUUAUAAAAAAUGUCUGUGGUUCUUGCGGAGUAUAUUCUACAUGUACAGUACAAUCAUCAGCGGUGAAAGAUGGGUAAAUAGCCAUCACCUUUCAUGUUCAGCUAUUUUCUUGUUGGUCCUAUAUCAUCUUGGGAAGCUGUCAUGGUAAGAAACAAAAUAGAAAAUUGUGUCUGUUAGGGUUUUAACAGUUCAUAGGUUUUUCCAGGGUUUUUUUUCCAGUUCAUAUUAACCUUGGGAUGAUUAAAUAUGCUGGAGAAAAAAGGUUGAAGGUGCAAUGUCUUAGAAACUUAAGAAGUCAGAGGAUGCCACUCAGACGUGACCUAAUUUGCAGCCGGUAAUGGAUGAUACAGGAACCUAUAAUGACUGGACAGGAUUUACAAAACUUUCCUUUUUCAGAAAUACCUGAAGUAGUACUCUGUAUUUUUACUCAGCUCUUUUCCGUGUGUGUGUGUAUGUGUACAAAAAAAAAAAAUUGUUGCACUUUCUCAACAGUGUUCGGAUAGAUGGUAUUCAUAGCUUGGGUCCUUAUUGAGCUAGUAUCGGAAAAAUUCAUUGCAGCAUCUUAAAGCACUUAUGUAAGUCGCUCUGGCUAAGGGCGUCUGCCAAAUACUGUAAAUGUAAAUGUAAACUCCAGAAUUAUUGGAAGGGUGCUUUCAUGAAAGUGAGCUAAAAUUAUUGUAUAAAAAGAACCACACAUGCAA